AUGGAGGAGGCGCGGAGAGGCAGCCCCGCACCUUCGCACGCGAAGGAAGAUGAGGACGCCAGAAAGAGCAGCAAAAUCGAGACAAUUGGUGAAAAAAUCGACAGCAGACAUGGGGGCGACGACCGGGCCUCGCCGAAUGGCAAAGCCGAAAAUGGAACAGAACGGCGCAAGGACGAUCGCGAGCGACGGGAUCGCAAGGAUAGGUCGGGCGACAAGGAUAAAGAUCGGGACAGGGACAGAGAUCGCAAAAGGCGAAGCAGAAGCCGCGAGCGUGAUCGCAGUGAUCGAGACAAAGACAGAGAUCGUGACAGGGACAGGGAUCGAGAUCGAGACAGGCGGCGCAGCCGUCGUAGCCGCAGCAGGGACAAGGACAGGGACAGGAGCGAGCGCAAGAGGCGUAGCCGCAGCCGCGAUCGCGAAAGGCGACGAAAGACGCGGUCCCGCAGCAAGAGCCCUCGCGAGAGCAAGGAUGAUGAUCGCAAGCGGCGGAAGAGCGGGUGGGACUCAGUCGCGCCGAGCCUCCUGGGGACGGCAGGCGCUCCCACUCCAACUCUCCCUGCUGCUUCUGUGGGCGGUACAGAGGGGUCGGCAAGGCCCAUCCCCAUGCCACUCCCCAUGGCCAUGCCCAGCCCGUUGGCACAGCUGAAGCCGGGCAUGAUGAGCCCCCUGCAACUGCAGCAGGCGUUCCUCCAGCAACAGCAGUUGGCGCUGAAGGCGGCAGCCAGUGCCCCCAGCAACCAGCAGCUGGCCUGUCGUAUCUAUGUCGGCUCGCUCAACUUCGAGCUCUCGGAGGAGGACAUCAAGACUGCGUUUUCUCCCUUCGGUCCGGUCAAGAGUGUCUCGCUCACCAAGGAUCCGCUCACACAGAGGUCGAAAGGCUUUGCCUUCGUCGAGUAUGCCUACCCUGACGCGGCGACGGCUGCGCUCAAGCACAUGAACGGUUUCAUGCUGGCCGGCAGACAACUCAAAGUGGGUCGACCCCACACUCCUGGCGCGGGGUUGCCUGGGAUGCCUGGAAUGCCCGGAGUCAUGAUGCCCGGGCUGUCGCCCUUCCCUCAACUCAACCCAUCUCUCCCAGUGAUGAACCCCUCCAUCCUGCUCCAAGCCAACGCCGCCAUCGAAGCGCAGAAGGCUGCGGCCGCCGCGGCCAAUGGCUCACAGCCGACGCCGGAGAUGAUGCAGGAGUUUACGAAGCUCACCGGCAAGACUGCCGCCGACGCCACCGCCAGCAACCGCAUCUACGUGGGCUCCAUUCACUGGGACCUCACCUCCGACGACAUCAAGACCGUCUUCGAGGCCUUUGGCACCGUCAAAUCCUGCGUGCUCAUGCCGAACCCCGAGACCGGCAAGCACAAGGGCUAUGGAUUCGUCGAGUACGAGGAGAGUAAGUCGGCCGAGGAGGCGAUCCAGCAGAUGAACGGAUGGGACCUCGGCGGCCGGCCGAUCAAGGUGGGCCGGGCCAUCUCCAGCGCGCCCAUAUUGCCCACCCCGGGCGCCGGGCUCCUCAACCCGUCGGGUCUGCCCUCGCCCAUGCUGGGUGGCUUCCCGAUGCCGGGAAUGUCAGGAAUGCCGGGCCUGCUGCCCGGAAUGAUGCCCGGCAUGCCGCUCGGCCAGCCGGGCUUGACCCCGGGACAGCCCCUGUCGUCCGCGUCGGCCAUCGCGCAGGCCAUCGCCAACAAGAAGGUCGAGGAGUCGCUGAGUCACGAGGAGAACCUCACCCUCAGCACCCCAAACCAGCGCUACGCCCUCAUGCAGAAGCUCGCUCGCGGCACUAUCACUGGCGGCAAGUCGUCGCGAUGCGUGGUCCUCAAGGACAUGGCGGGUCCGGAGGACGUCGACGACGAGCUCGAGGGAGAGAUCACGGACGAAGCCACCAAGUACGGCAUCGUCGAGCGGGUGGUCAUCUAUCAGGAGCGGCAGUCGGAGAAGCCCGGCGACGUGAUCAUCAAGAUAUUUAUUCUCUUCCAGAGCGCCGACCAGGCACAAAAGGCGUUGACUUCGCUCAACGGCCGCUGGUUCGGAGGUCGGCAGAUCAAGGCCGCGUUCUACGACGAAAAGAAGUUCCUGGCCGAGGACUACUCGGAGGACUAG